AUGGUAAAAGUUGAAUUAUACACUUCAUCUGCCACAGGCAUGCUUAAAAUUAAAAAAGACCAACAAGCUAUCAAAAAUUUAUUAGAAGCCAAAGGUAUUCAAUAUAUUGAAUAUGAUGUUGCUAGUGACCAAGAAAGAAGAGAAGAAAUGAAAAAAAUCAGUGGCAAAACUGUUUUACCACAAUUAAUGAUUGAUGGUAAAUUUGCAGGUGAAGUUGAAGAUCUCCAAUAUUUAGAAGAAGAUAACAAAUUCAUUGAUUUAUUCAAAUAAACAAAUAGAAAUAAUAUUUAAAGAAUAAUAAAAAAGAAAAUUAAAUCUAUUUUAUCUAUUUAUAAUUGUAAAAAUAAUAAAAUCAAAAAUUAUAUUAUCUAUUUUAAAAUUAAAUAAAAUUUUUUAUCUUUUUAAAU